AUGCCAGAAACAUAUGCCCUUACGGACAUCCCGUACAACUUUGCCGAUAUCAAGCUAGGCACUCUAAUUUUCCAUACUAAACAACCGAAUCAAGAUGCCCAUAUUCCGCCACGGUCACUACAACAGGAAACUGAUUUUACCUUUCGAGAGGAAAAGGGGUUCAACUAUAUCCGCAACCCGGAUAUGAAAUCUUCAACACGCACGCAACUCACUCGUUUGCUUACCUUUACCAAGCACCAUUCGGAGUCGGACAACCUUCAUCUUCACUCCAAGGAAGGACGCAUCUACGAGCUGACCCAGCCUCAAAACCUCUUUAGCGAGUUCUGCAGAAGCGCCAGCGUCAGAAAGUGGCUGACGAAUUGCGUCGAGGGCGGCGACGAUCCAUUCUUCAUCACAGGCCUCCUAACAUUCACCGAUGCCAAGCCUGUAGAUGAAUAUGAGCUGGAAAGAGUCAAUUAG